GGAGUGAAGAAUGAACUGAAGAGUAGCGGAGCGGAAGAGGAGAGGAGGGGGAGAAGAGCCGUUCACUCCCAUUGAUCCAGUAUCGAGGGCUCCUGCGGUAAAGAUGCAGGCUGUUGCUGCUGUGGCUCUGAUUGUGCUGAGUGUUUUCUUCAGUCUGGACUGCCUGUCUGCCCACCGCUCCAAACCAAUCCAGAGUGACAGAAACAUUGAGAAUGAUGAGACAAAACCGAAGAAGAACCAGCCGCACAUUAUUUUCAUCCUCAUAGAUGACCAGGGCUUCAACGACAUUGGCUACCACAACCCGACCAUCAAGACUCCCACUCUGGACAAACUGGCGGCGGAGGGCGUGAUUCUGGAGAACUAUUAUGUUCAGCCCAUCUGCACGCCGUCACGCAGCCAGCUCAUCACCGGCAGAUAUCAGAUCCACACGGGACUGCAACACUCCAUUAUCAGACCCAGCCAGCCGAGCUGUCUGCCUUCACACAUGGACACUCUGCCUGAGAGGCUCCGCGAGGCCGGCUACACCACACACAUGGUGGGAAAGUGGCACCUGGGCUUCUACAGGAAGGGGUGCCUGCCCACCAGAAAAGGUUUUGACAGUUUCUUUGGUUCUUUGACAGGAAGUGUGGAUUACUACAGUUAUGGGUCCUGUGAUGGCCCUGGGUUGUGUGGGUAUGAUCUCCAUGACGACGAAGGCGUGGCAUGGGGCCAGGAGGGAAAGUAUUCCACUACGCUUUUUACACAAAGAGCUCGCAAAAUCCUCGAGAGUCACAACCCUACAGACAGGCCGCUGUUCCUGCUGCUCUCCCUCCAGGCAGUUCACACUCCCCUACAGACUCCUAAGUCCUACAUCUACCCGUACCGUGACAUGGCUAACAUCGCUAGAAGGAAGUUUGCAGCCAUGGUGUCCACAGUGGACGAGGCGGUCCGAAACGUCACCUACGCUCUGAGAAAGUAUGGAUACUACCGGAACAGCAUCAUCAUCUACUCCACAGACAACGGUGCCCAGCCAUUCACAGGAGGGAGCAACUGGCCGUUACGAGGCCGAAAGGGUACGUAUUGGGAAGGUGGAAUGCGAGGAGUGGCGUUUGUGCACAGCCCGCUGUUAAAACGCAGGAGACGUGUCUCCAAAGCACUUCUGCACAUUACUGACUGGUUCCCCACACUGGUGGGCCUGGCCGGGGGAAACACCAGCCAGAGUCACGGCCUGGAUGGUUUUGACGUUUGGCCCACCAUCAGCGAAGGAAAGGAGUCACCUCGUCACGAGAUCCUGCACAACAUCGACCCUCUACACAAACCUCUCGCUCAAACCAUGAACUGGGACGUCAGCACAGAGGAAGAAUCGGUAAACAAACCAAAAGGCCCAAAGAAGCCAAAGAAGAAGAAGAUUCUGAGGCAGAAACCAAAGCAGAAAUCAGCGUUUAAGGUGAAGACCCCCAAGUUACCUCAGACAUUUUCCCAUCAUGCUGCUAAAACUAAACCCAAUCCUAAAUCCAAGCCCUUUCCCAAACUGAAGCUUAAGCCCCUCCCAAAAUCAAAACCCAAACCCAAGACCAAAGUCUACCCUCAGAGCCAGAGACCGUCACAUUACAGUCCACAUCUGGAGUCCCAGUCCAGUGGAGCUCCCUCAGUGUCAGGAACAUCUCGUCCUAAAAGUCACCCUCAGAACAAAUCACUAAAGUCAAAAAGUUUAAAGUCAAAAUCCAGGCGUUAUAUAUCGCACAACCACAACCUGUCACGGACAAGACCAUCUCAGCCAAAAUCUAAGAUGAAGCUCAAAGUACAUUUAAAGUCAAAGUCCAGACGGACGUUAUCCCAACACCAGAAUAUGUCCCAACCAGGGACGCCGCAGCAAAAAUCACAUCCUAUGCCCCAGUUAAAUCUCCAGCCGGUGUGGGACGCAUCAGUCCAGGCCGCCAUCAGGGUUGGAGACUGGAAGCUACUGACAGGAGACCCAGGCCACGGAGACUGGGUCCCCCCACAGGUACUUCCCAGUCUCCCUGGUCGCUGGUGGAACCUGGAACGUGCCAUCCUGCCGCUCCCCAAAUCCUCCAAACUUAAAAAUGUCUGGUUGUUCAACAUCACAGCCGACCCCUGCGAGCGGCAGGACCUGGCAGACCAGAGACCAGACGUGGUCCAGCAGCUAAUGGCCCGACUUGCCUACUACAACCAGACAGCCGUGCCUGUUUAUUUUCCGCCCGACGACCCUCGAGCUGAUCCCAGCCAGCACAGCGGAGCCUGGGUCCCCUGGGUGGACGACGGGGAGGACGAGGAGGGAAAAUAUCACGGAGUGUACAAGAAAGGUAAAAGUGGUAAGAAGAAAAAGAAGAAGCCAAAAUGCCCGCUGUGCAAGCUGCAGUCGUUCUUUCUGAAACUGAACACCAGGAUGAUGUCCAAUCGGAUCUGAGGUGUCGACCUCAUCCGGGAGCCAUGAAAUGAUUGUCUCAAAGACUUCAGGAUUUUUAAAUGUUUGUACGUUGUAGCAUCUUUGCUUCCUAAGUGAAAAAAGUGGUAUCUGUUAAUUCCACUACACUGAGUUGAAGCAAAACUUUUUCUGAAGCAUGUCCUUUCACUGGCUUCACUUCUCUACAUGUUCCUCUGAAAAUUAAGCGAAAACAGUUCAUGUACUGUCAAAUAUUUUGUCUAAGGUGACACCGACAGUCCAGCUGGAUCAGUAAGAACCUCAUGUGAAGAACACGAUUCAGGCUAUUCAAUGACUUUAUAAGGGUCAUUUCACUCAAAUUACAACGUAUUUUCUCACUAAUCCCUUGUGUUGUGGCCAUGAAGAUACUGUAGUUUCAAUUAGAAUUGCCAAAGUUUUGACAACAGUUGCUGCCAAGAUUGAUAGUUGCACUUCAGUAGAAAAUUGUUUCCCAUGUAAACUGCUGACAAUUAAACAAGGUGCAACUCCAGUUAGAGGUGAUCCCAUCUGCCUCUUCAACUUGUACUUAUAAUUUAAUCCUUUAUUGCAUCUUCUUACAUCUCUGGCUGCUGCUUUAUAUUUGUCCAUGUUUCCAGAUGGUUCUGGUUAUCAAUGGUUUCUGGUGUUGGAAUGAUCUGAAGGUCCACACAUUUUAACAAGACAGCUGUGUGGCCGGUUCUUCCAAACACAGGCAGCAGGAUUGGGACCGCACCUCACAAGAUACAGCUAACGGCAGGAAAAUGUAUUUGUGAUUUGAGUGAAGUGACCCUUUAAAUUCCUAUGUAUUCUGGCGGUGUGGUGGUUUUCUUUACUGUUAUGACGGCUGUUGCAGUUUCAGCACAGUCAUCUGAUUGAUGUGAUUUUAUAGAUUGUUUGUCCACUGUUUGUUUAUAAUUGUCUAUUUUUCUUUUUCCAAAUGUUCUUACUCACAAACUGACAGAGUUCUUGACACAAGGGCCGACACCAUGUGGCAUUAAGAUGUUUUUUACGCCGUGCAUAAUCUGAAUAUGUUUCUUAUAAAUAGAUAGACCAGAAUAUGUACAAAGUGAAACAGUUUUUAAUGUUUCAUUCUUAAACGUCCCAGAUUUGGGUUUGGAAACAAAUGUUUACUUGUGAAAGUGCAUGAUCAUGAUAAUUAUUUCUAUAAUUAUUUUUGUAGUUCUGCAAUUGUUUUUGUUUACUGUCUCUAUCACUACUACAACAAAAAUGAGGUUUUAAUAUUUUAACAUUUUUUGUUGCACAUCCUAGUGAACACAGGUCUUUCUAAUAUUUGUUGUUAAAUACAUGUGAUGUGUUGAUUUUCUUGGUGUGUUACUGUGGCUGAAACAGGCCUUUGGUUACUGUCGCUGUUUGAAUGUAUUGCCGACAGCGAGCAUAUUUUGACUAUGAAUUUACGGUAUUGUGUUUUUCAUUCACUACAUGCUUCUGUGAGGAGCAGAAACUGUCACUUGUUAUUUUACAUCUAUUCAGCCCUUUAUAGGACUAACAAAAUGUUAAUAUUUCAAUAUUUGUAAGCAUGUUCAAGACAUUAAGUGACAAAAUCGAGAGCCAAAUUAGAAACACGAGUUUUGUUUCAAAGGGACAGUUCAGCCCUAAAAUCAAGAAUACCUAUUUAUCAAUCCAGAUAGUUUUGAUGUGAGCUGCUGAGUGUCGGAGAUAUCAGCUGUAGAGACGUCUGCCUUCUCUCCAAUAUAAUGGAACUAGAGGGCACUCAGGCUGGGUGUUUAGAGCACCUCGAAAAACCAACCCGGUUACUGAAGAUAAUACCAAGACUUCUUGUGAGCAGUUUCAUUAAGGGACUAUUUUCUUUCCACCGAGCUAUAUCCCCCAACCGAAUCACUGCACAGAAGGAAGUGUUCAUCUACUGCUAGCUCACCUAGCACCACUAAGCUAACUAACUUAAAUACCAUUAAUGUUUAUUUUCACACUGUCACUAGCACGAGCCUCUUGUCCAUGAGUAGAUGCAUGCUUCU